AUGUCAGCUAAUCAAGUGAGCACUUCGCUCAUGAGAUUGAAGCUCCUUGAUGCUUUACGUAGCGGAGAUUCGAAACGUAUAGAUAAGUUAGUUGAGGAUCUUUCGGUGGAGGUUACUAUGCAAAAUAGUGAGAUCUUAGGGUUAAGAGAAACCAUCUUACAUUAUGCUGUUCAAGUGUCUCCAUUGUCUACCAUUAAAUAUAUUGUUGAAUCUGUUGAUAAGUUCCCCUUUGUUGAUAUUAAUUCUCAAGAUAAAGAAGGUAAUACUCCUUUACACUUGGCCGCUGCUUCUAGUAGAUUGGAAGUGGUGAGAUAUUUGUUAUCAUUGCCUAACAUUAAUGAUACUAUCUUGAAUGGUAAUAAGGAACAACCGGUGGAAAUGUGUAAGGACUUGAACAUUGCUCAGGUGAUGCAAUAUGAAAGAGCUAAAUUUGUGGAGACCCUGGCAUUAAGCUUAAGAGAAUAUUUUAUCAACAGAGAUUACCAGGAAUUGGAAAAACUAUUGGUGGGUAAUCUGAGAGCCGCUGAAUUGUUAGAUAUCAAUGGUGCUGAUCCGGAAACUGGUAAUACCGUCUUACAUGAGUUUAUAAGCAAGAAUGAUUUGGAAAUGUGUAAAUGGAUCUUGAAACAUGGCGGUGAUCCAUUUAGAAGAGAUAAAAAGGGAUGUUUACCAAGUGAUUUGGUUGAUCCAAAAAAUGAACCUUUACGUAAAUUAUUACAAUCUGCUUCCAAGGAACAAACUAUGAUGGAUCCAGUACAAAAUUCCCAGAAUUCAGGGAAAGCAGGUGUUAUCCCCACUUAUAAAGGAUAUUUACGUAAAUGGACCAAUUUCGCUGGUGGAUAUAAAUUGAGAUAUUUUGUUUUGGAUUCUAAUGGGAUUUUAUCGUAUUAUACCGAUCAAGAUGAUACUUCUAACGCUUGCAGAGGCUCAAUUAACUUGGGAUAUGCCACUUUACACCUUGACUCUUCAGAGAAACUGAAAUUUGAAAUUAUUGGUAAAAAUGGUAUAAGAUUACAUUUAAAAGCCAAUCAUGCCACUGAAACAAAUAGAUGGGUUUGGAAUCUUCAAAAUGCCAUCACAAUCUCCAAAGAUAAUAUCAAGAGAAGGCUUAGAGGUUCAAUUGUGGAUGAACAGCCAGAUACACCCGGUAGUUCUAAUAGCCCUGAAGCACUCACCGGAAAUGCCGGAAACAACAAUGUUGCUAUUCCUAGUUAUACUGUGACGGAAACAUCUUCUAUUGAAGAUUCUAAGCAUUAUGUUCCAAGCAACUUAGGUAAUGCACCUGAUGAUGAACCAAAACGGAAAUUAUCACUGGAGAGUAAAACAAAGAAACUAUUGCGUAUUCCUAGAAGAAUGAAAAGAAGAAGCCACAAAAGAAUUUCAAGCGUAGGAUCAACUGGAUCUUUUGAGGAUGACUCGGCCCCUCCUUCAAGAUCAAAUUCACUUACCAGAAUCAGUUUUGAAAAUAGAUCAGUGACUUCGUUAACUGAUUCUAUUAAAUAUAGAAACUUUGAUGAUCAAGAAGAUCUUGAAAACUUUGAUAACGACGUUGACGAAGACGAAGACUCAAGCAGCGAAACAGAAAUAUACUCCAAACGUAGUGGGAUCACUGACAGUGUUAGUGGAGUAACUGCUGAUGAUUCAGAGUUGGCUUUCACAAUAAAGAGAUCUAUCGAUAUGGAGAUUGCUGGGUUUGUUGAUUUGAUUACAAAGCUUUCACAUGUUAAAAAAGAGGAUCCCGAAGAUGCGGAAUUCUGUGAAGUUGGUCUUAACACAAUGAAUACCAUCUCAGAUUUACUUUCCAAAUACAACAAAUUGGUUUCUACAAGAGAGAAGCGGACCUUAGUUAAACUAGAAAGACAGUUGGAAAUCAAUAAGUUGUGGGAACAAUCCAUUCGUCAAUUAGAAUCGGAAUUCCAAAGUCGGGAAGAAAAAUUAGCUGCCUAUGAAGGUCAGCGGAAACAAUUGAAGAAGAUCAUCAAGUCUGGGUCUCUUAAUAAGGUUCCUCAAGUCUUAUCAUUAGAAGGACAAGCACCAGAAAGUGCCGAUAUCUCAUCUUUGGCCAACGGUGAAGCUAUCCGUCGUGCUUCUAUUGCUAGUAUUGCUGGAGGUGAUACUGCAUUAGAAGACGAAUUAGAAGAAAUUCUCGAGGAUUCUGAAGACGAAUUCUUUGAUGCAGAUGAAUUGAUUGAUGAUAAUGACGAGGUACAAGGAGAGAAGCCAGAACUCGAUGAACAGGAUACACUGACAAGGACAACUGUUGCUGAAAAGCCUGAUUUGGAAACAGUUCAUGAAAAGAAGGAGGCUGAGCUGAAGUUUACCUUAGGCACGUCAGAGGCAGAAUUGGCUAUUUCUGGAGAAAUCGAAAUAUCCAAAGAAUCUGAAGCGCGUGGUUAUAUCACCGUUGCAAAUGGUGGAUUGAAAGUGGUAAAUGAACCUCAAUUGAAGAAGAAACUUCUAAUUGAAAAGGAAGACUCAUACAAUGGUUAUGAAAAUCCUCCUAGAACAAAAUUGUUACUUGAUGAAGAUGAUAGACCUAAAGUUGGAUUAUGGGGGGUUGUUAAAUCGAUGAUUGGCAAAGACAUGACAAGGAUGACUUUGCCAGUUUCAUUUAAUGAACCUACUUCACUUUUACAACGUUUGGCAGAAGAUAUUGAAUAUAGUACUCUAUUAGAUACAGCUGCAGGAUACGAUGAUUCUACUUUACGGAUGAUUUAUGUUGCAGCCUUUGCAGCAUCUGAAUAUGCAUCAACCAUUGACAGAAUUGCUAAACCAUUCAAUCCUUUAUUAGGUGAAACCUUUGAGUAUUGUCGUCCUGAUAAGAACUAUAGGUUGAUUACGGAACAAGUUAGCCAUCAUCCACCAAUUAGUGCUUGUCACGUUGAAUCAGUUAAAUGGGAUUAUUAUGGAGAAAAUGCCGUUGAUUCAAAGUUUAGAGGUAGGCUGUUUGAUUUCAAACAUUUAGGUAAGAUGUUUUGUGUUAUGAGGCCUGAUAAUGGUGUUAUUGAUGAAAAUGGUAAGAAAGUUACUGAAGAAUUAUACAGUUGGAAGAAAGUUAAUACUGCUGUUGUGGGUAUUAUGAUUGGGAACCCUACUGUUGAUAAUUAUGGUGCUAUGCAUGUCACAAACCAUACCACUGGUGAUGUUAUGGUAGUUGAUAUGAAACAAAGAGGUUGGAGAGCAUCUUCUGCUUAUCAAUUAUCUGGACAAGCAUGUGACUCCAGUGGUAAAGCUCAUUGGGCAAUGGCAGGACAUUGGAAUUCAAAGAUCUUUGCAAAACAUAUUAAAGAUAUGAAAGUUACUGGUGAAGCCAGUAAUAUUAUUGAUGAAGGAGGUAAUUCUACUGACCCAUAUGGUGGGAAGAAAUUUUUAGUUUGGCAAUGUGCUCCUAGACCUAAAGUUCCAUUCAAUUUAACUGCUUUUGCUACCACAUUGAACGGUAUAGAUGAUGCUUUAAGACCUUGGUUACCUCCAACUGAUACUAGACUUAGACCUGAUCAAAGAGCAAUGGAAGAUGGUAAAUAUGAUUUCGCUGCAGACGAGAAAAAUAGAGUCGAAGUUAAGCAAAGAAAAGCUAGAAAGGAACGGGAAAUCGCCAAGAAAGUCUAUCGCCCCAAUUGGUUCGUUAAAAGACGCCAUCCAGUUACUGGUGAUGCCUUCUGGGAGUUCAAUCAUACUUAUUGGAAUCGUAGAGCUCAAAAAGAUUUGGCUGAUUCUGGUGAUAUUUUCUGA